ACUGGCAAACGGUUAGUAUAAAAUGAGUGGAAUUUAAUUCAGUAAUGUGUUCAAUUGAUACUAAAAUAAAUUGAACUUUAAUAUUAUUAAGACUGUUUUAUUGUGUGUAUCUUUAUUUCGUUUCAGAAAAAACAUACAAAUGAAUUGGCUGGUUGUCUCCCUGAUUGUGUCCGCCUGCGUCAUUGCAGCGUUUGGCCAAGAGAUUCCAGAAGCUAAUAAACUGAAAUGUCGUCUGUGUAACAACGCUCUUGAACUAAGGGACUGCACCAAACAAGCGGUGUGUGACAACAGAACCGAGGAGUGCUACAUGGAUGAGGUUAUCACAGAGACGUUCAAUGUUGUGUACAGAGGAGGUUGCCGCGGGAAAGAACAAUGUAAUGGAGGUCAAACAUCCUUGGUAGCACCUGGAAAACGUGACGAAGUUAUAGCUUGUACCAGAUGCUGUUCAAACGAAGACGACUGUAACAAACGUUUGUGUGGACUUAGGCCGGACAAUACGAACACAUCUCAAUGCUACUUCUGCGACUCAUCCAAGUCUGACCAAGCAUCAGUUUCCAAACCUUCGGACUGUAUCACUCUCACUACGUGUGACACCGACCAGGUGUGCUUUGCCAAAAACGAGUACCACCCAGGAUCAGCUAUGACGUUCAAAUACGGGUGCCAAAAUAAAUACAUAUGUAGACUAUUAAUGAAAAGGGUGUUCGAAGAUUUGCGCCAUUGUGCGAGUGCGGGUGCUUCUGAUCUCGAAUGCCAACAUGAAAGCCAGAACUGCGAUGUCUGCUGCGGAGACGCAGCCUGUAACUACGACGAUUGCAAGACCAUCAAGGGGCGCCUUUACAAACUGUGGACUUUAGGGAAGUUCAACAAUGAUACCCUUAAAGUCAUUCCAUAGGUGCUGGGAGUGGACCCGUCAGAUAUAGUUGUGUCAAUUGUGUAUUUUGACCGUUAAUAAAGCUGUAGCUCUAUAA